UGUAUAGUUCGUUGUGUAAGCACAUGUAAUAAAUUGGUGGUUCCGCCAGCGGUCGUCGUUUCAUUUGCGUUUCUUUUGCCGUAACGAACAUGGCUAACUCAAUCGAAAUACCGAUAAAGGACAUGGACAAGAUUAUUGAAGUAAAAACGAGCCAGCUGCCAGAUCCUAACGAGCUCCAUAAUAUUUUAAAAAAUGAACAUUCAGAAUUGCAUAUAUGGGUCAAUUUAGCACUGGAAUAUUAUAAAAAAGGCAAUUCAGUUGCUUUUGUUAAGUUAUUGGAAUCGUCACGGAGUAAUUCAUGUUUGAAAUAUAAAGACAGCGAUAAAGACCAAAUGAGAGCUUUAGAUAUGUUAGCAGCCUAUUAUGUACAAACAGCCAACCAAGAAAAAAAUAAAGAAAAACGUAUCAAACUCUUUGCUAGGGCAACUGAAUUAUAUACAACAGGAGAUAAAAUAAUAAUGGAUGAUGUGAAUCAUUUAUUAGGUCGUGCUUUUUUCUGUUUACUGGAUGAUAAAAAAAUUGACCAGGCCAAUGCACAGUUCAAUUUUAUAUUGAGCCAAUCAUUGAAUAAUAUACCAGCUCAACUAGGCAAAGCGUGUAUUGCAUUUAAUAGGAAGGAUUACAAAGGGUCCUUAGAGUAUUAUAAAAAAGUGUUGCGCUCUAACUCUAAUUGUCCUGCUGAUGUAAGAUUAGGUUUGGCACAUUGUUUUUUAAAACUAGGAAACAUAGAAAAAGCACGUUUAUCGUUUGAACGUACUUUGGAAACUGCACCCAUACAUUUAGGGUCUAGUAUGGGUGCAUUAGUGGGUCUUGCUAUCAUGAAAUUGAAUAGUGAAUGUUAUAGUGACAUAAAACUUGGUAUAACUUUGAUGUCUGAAGCUUAUAAAAUUGAUCCAACAAAUCCAUCGGUUUUAAAUCAUUUAUCAAAUCAUUUUUUCUUUAAGAAAAAUUACAAAAAAUCUCAAAAUCUAGCUAUUCAUGCAUUACAAAACACAGAAAAUGAUGCCAUAAAAGCGGAGAGUUGUUAUUAUAUAGCUAGAUCAUAUCAUGCAGAGAAUAAUUAUGAACGAGCAUUUCAAUACUAUUAUCAAGCCACUCAGUUUGCUCCUAUAACAUUUGUACUUCCACAUUAUGGUCUUGGUCAAAUGUAUAUUCAUGGAGGUGAUUUAGAAAAUGCUGCUCAAUGUUUUGAAAAAGUCCUUAAAACUGAACCAGAAACUUACGAAUCUAUGAAAAUCCUUGCAUCAUUAUAUGCUGAUUCAAAUAAUCAACAGAAACGAAAUAUUGCAAAAACUUAUUUAAAAAAGAUUAUCAAAUACAAUCCUGAUGAUUUAGAGGCUUGGGUUGAAUUUGCUAAGAUUUUAGAACCUUCUGAUUUAGAAGAAUCUUUAUCUGCAUAUAAUACAGCUAUAAAUUUACUGCGCAAAAAUCCGAAUAAUACAAUUCCACCUGAAAUACUUAAUAAUGUUGCAGCUUUAAAUUACAGGUUAGGAAAUUUGGAUCAAUCUCUUUCUCAACUAGAAGAAUCUUUAAGUUUGUCAAAAAAAAUGGCUACAACUCAGGAACAUUAUACUUCUAUAUUUGUUACAACUAGUUACAAUUUGGCAAGGGUUUUCGAAGCACAAUCUCAAUUUCAGAAAGCUGAAAUAUAUUAUAAAAACAUCUUAAAAGAGCAUCCUAAUUAUAUUGAUUGUUAUUUACGUUUGGGAUGUAUGGCUCGAGAUCGUAACCAAAUUUAUGAAGCUUCUGAUUGGUUAAAAGAAGCAUUGCGUAUUGAUAAUGAUAAUCCUAAUGCCUUGUCAUUACUUGGAAACUUAUAUUUAUCUAAAAAUGAAUGGGGUCCUGGUCAAAAAAAAUUUGAACAUAUUUUAAAGAACCCAUCAACAUUAAAUGAUUCAUAUGCGUUGAUUGCUUUGGGAAAUGUUUGGUUGCAUACUUUAUACCAACAGAAUAAAAAUAAGGACCAACAAAAGAAACAUCAGGCUUUGGCUAUGCAGUUUUAUACUAAAGUCUUGAGAUAUGAUCCAAAAAAUAUUUGGGCCACUAAUGGAGUUGGUUGUGUUUUGGCUCAUCGAAACUAUAUAAACGAGGCUAGUGAUAUAUUUGCUCAAGUGAGGGAAGUUACUACCAACUUUCCUGAUGUCUGGUUGAAUAUUGCACAUUUAUUCAUUGAACAAAAACAAUAUAUUAAUGGUAUUCAAAUGUAUGAACAAUGUAUAAAAACAUUUUAUAAAUAUGAUAAUGUUGAUGUUUUACAAUACCUUGGACGUGCAUAUUACUUGGCUGAAAAAUUUAAAGAAGCAAAAGUUAUAUUUUCAAAAGCUCGCAGAGUUGCUCCUCAAAAUACUGUUAUAAUUUACAAUCUUGCUUUGACUCUACAAAAACUAGCAGUUCAAGUACUGAAGGACCAACAAUCUAAUUUGAAAAUUGUACUUCAAGCUGUGCGUGAACUUGGAUUAUCACGAACAUAUUUCCAAUAUUUAUCUAUUCAUGGCGAUCAUGUGCAAUAUGACUUAAAAUUGGCUGGCAUUGAAGCUAAUCGUUGUCAAGAUUUAAUGAAUCAAGCUGAUUAUCAUGUGAAACGAGCACACCAAAAGGACAUAGAAGAACGUGAAAUUCGUCAAAGACGAGACAAAGAACUGGAACUACUCAUAGUCAAACAAAAUGAAGACAAGGCAAAUGAAAUACAAUUCGAAGAAGGAAAAAAGAAUGAAAUUUUAAAAAAACGCCAAGUAUAUUUAGAGAAAACAAAAAAUGCAAUUAUGAUGUUUCAAACAGCUAUAGAAAGUCCUAAACUUAAAAGAAAACCUCGUAUGAAAAAGAGUUCAGCUUAUGGUGAAAGUUUUUCUUCUUCUGAGGAGGAAAAUAAAUGUCCUAAAAAAUCAAAAAAAAGUGGGCAUUCUGAUAAUAGUACAAAGAAAAAAAAAGUAAAUUUAAAAUGCGGAAAAGAAAUAUGUGCUUCAACCCGAUCUACUUCUACUAAUGUACCAGUAUUAAAAAAAAAAAGUUUGUCCAACAGCAAUAAAAAAGUAUGUACGUCAUCAAAACAGAAACUUAGAAUUGUUUCCAAAGAAUUCAUAUCAACUAGCGAGGAAAACAGUAGUGAAGAUGAGGAAAUAAAAAAACAAAAUUUUUAACAGUGAUUACAAAAUCAAUACUUGCUCUCAAUAUGAAAUUUCAUCUCCAUCGAGCAGUGCUAGUUCAAUAUCUAGUGUUUCAAGCUGUUCUUGAAAAUAUAGUACUUGUUCAUUAAGAGUCCUUUACCUUUGCUUAGUUGUGUGAAGUCUGGUAUGUUACAAAAUUCUCAUCCAUCUGUUGGUAAGUCCUGUUUCUAAUACUUCUGAUAAAUCUACUACAGGUUUAGAAACCAAAUCUGGUUAUUGUUCUGUUGUGUUAUUAUCAGAUUUUUCAUAGUGUUUAAAUAAAAUAAAAUAUACCAGA